AUGAUUCCUAAACAAUGGCCUCAGCUACCAUGGUUAUCCUUCACUGCCAGUGACGACAGCUCCAUCUCUCAGUCGCCGCUCACCCGGCCAUUGCUCCGGCGCAUCCUGAAAGCCAUCUCACUCCUCACUCUGUUCUCUCUCCUCACCUACGCCCUCUACACCAGAUAUCACACCCCCUCACCAUCUCAAGACACUGAACUCCUCGACGACACACUCCCUGAAUAUGAUGGCCCUUUCCCCCCCACACACAUCACCGACCUCCACAUCCACGACCCCAGCAUCAUCCGCGUCAACGACAUCUACUACUCCUACGGCUCCGGCCCGCACAUUCCCAUCCACACCGCACCCCAUCUCUCCGGCCCAUGGACCAAAGCUGGCACCGUCCUAGACGGGCCCAGCAUCCUCCCCAAAGGCGAUCUCAAAGCCCCCUGGGCGCCUACCACCCUCUCCUAUUCCGGAACUUACUACUGCUUCUACGCGACCAGCAACAGCGGCUGCCGCAACAGCGCCAUCGGCGUGGCAACCUCUUCCUCCCCAGGGCCGAACGACUGGACCGACCACGGACCUCUGGCCCUCUCCGGCGCGGGCAAAAAGUCCACUUUGUAUCCCUUCGACCGAGCCAAUGCCAUCGACGUGAGCGUCAUCCUCGACCACGCCACGGACCAAGGGUACAUGAAUUUUGGCAGUUUCUGGACCGGCCUCUGGCAGGUCCCGUUACAGCCGGGGCUACUAGCGAUCGAUAAGCGGAGAGAAGAGGCCCGUCAUCUGGCCUUUGAACCGACUGUCGUGCAUCCACCGGGGAAGAAAGCCGAUGGGAUUUGUGGGGAUCCGACGGGGAUGCAUCCCAUCGAGGGACCGUUUAUCUCAUACCGUAAACCGUGGUAUUAUCUCUGGUUUAGUUGGGGGAAGUGUUGUCAUUUUGAUCCGGAGAAGUUGCCGGCGCCGGGGAUGGAAUAUAGUAUCCGCCUCGGUCGCUCCGCCAGCCCACGAGGCCCCUUCGUCGACAAACAAGGCCGAGACCUCGUCGAUGGCGGAGGCGAAAUCAUCUACGGGUCGAAUGGAGACGUCUAUGCGCCUGGUGGACAGGGCGUGUUGACUGAUGAAAGUGGGGGGGUGGAUGUUCUUUAUUAUCAUUACUGUAUACCCUCCUCUCUUAUUCUCUCUUCAUCCCUCUUGGUGCAAUGGAUUGGAUUUUUGGAGUUUAAGGACGCCCGACUAGGCUAUAACAUCAUCAAAUACGUGGACGGAUGGCCGGUGCUGCGGUGA